UCCUCCUCCUAGUAGAAACUCCUCAGCGCAGACAGUUGGUCCUGAGACAUUCACACAACUUUAAAUCCAAACCCUAUGACCUCACUUUCAGGAUUUGACUUGGCUUCUUCACCUUCAGCGGCUGUUUUUCAGUCAGCGCUGUCACCAUGAGCAGCUUCUGCAGCAGGCUGACUCAUUAGAGGAAGGAGAUCAGUUCUCUGCAGGGCUGUUGUAUUGCACUGGGACCUGUCCAGCUGUGCUCUGGACUGACGGGACAGGAAAACAAAGAGGACACAGACAUAUUGAGACUAUGGAUACUGGCAAUGAUGUGGAUCUAUCCAACAAUAACAUUACCCCAUUGUGGAGACGCCGCACAGGCAACCGAAACAGUCCACGAGACUCAGACAAACCCAAACCACGACCUCUGAGUUACCACCUAAAUGGUGUUUUGACAACAGACUUCCCUGUGGAGGAAAACACCUGUUCCUUUUCCUUGAGCCAACCUGUCGAGAAGCUGGCGGUCACACCACCCGACAGGAAUAGAGUGGUAUUGAAGCAUGUUCUACAUAAACCCUCCAAGAAGUCUAGGAUUGUCCGGAGCAUUACCAUUGGGCAAUUCUCCAGUGGACGCCGGUCAAUGUCCACAUUUAAAUCACAGGAUGGUAAAACGGCAUCACUAGAUGAUGGACUGUGCAAUGGGGAUUAUGUGUUGGAGAAAACCACAAAUGGAGUAACAGUAUGGCCUGAAACGUGCCUUCAAGACCACCAGAGACAUAGAACUGAUCCAGUGAAUCUGAACUCAGAGAGAGAGCAUACUGCAUUUGUAAUGGAAUCAUCAUCACCUAAAGCUACUUCUCACAACCAACCCUGUCUUGUCCCAUCUCCACAAAUCGUGAAUAACAGUUGCUACAUCCACCAUGAUCUGUCCUCCCCUACAACUGACCACAGCCCCUUUCCUCCUGCCCGCAAUACUCCUACCCCCUCCUGCAGCUCCACUGUAAGUAUAUCCUCUCUCUCUUCUCUCAGUUCCUCAGACCCCCCAACCCCGUGCUCUCCAUCCCCAGGAGAAACAGCACAUCUCCACGGACCAUCUUUGUCCUCAUCUCACUCCACACAAGAAACCCGGCAUGCCUCUUCCCCUUGUUCCUCCUCUUCCACAUCAACCUCUCCAUCUAUUUCUCCCCCUCCUGCCAUCAUUCUCAGCACCCACAGCCCAGCUGCCCUGAAGAUGGGCACCCAGCAACUUAUUCCUAAAGGACUUGCAUCUGAUAUACGUCUGAGCAAGGCACCCACCUCUGGGCUACAAGGCCAAAGUUUGACAGGGCUAUUGAGUUUGGAUACCUCCAAGAGAUCACUGAAAACCCGCAGCCUGGUGGAAACAGGUGAAUACUUUUCCACGGGAGGUUCUGGGGGACAUGAUGAAGGGACAUAUGAGGAAAGUGAGAACCAAGAACCUCUAUCUAGAGGCUUAAGGAGUAAAUCUUACAGGAGAGCUGUAGUGACGAGUACGGAGGGAGAAGCCCCAUCUGUAGGCCACAAGGCUCAUCAGAUAACCUGGGCUGCUGUCAAAGGACUACACAGAGACAAAACUGUUGUUUCAGAUGAGUCUGACAGUCUUGGUACUAUAACACCCACCAGCCCUCAGACAGCCAAACCCGCCAGUCCCAGCACAGCCAAGCCCGCCAUCCCUAGGACAGCCAAGCUUGCCAGCCACAGGACAACCAAGUCCCCCAGUCCCAUGAGAGCCAAACCUGCGAGUCCCGGGACAGAUACGCCCGACAGCCCCUUGACUGCAAAACCCACCAGCCCCGGGACAGUAAUUCCUGCCAGCCCUGGGACUGGAAAGUCAUCAAGUAGUGGGACAACAACACCUACUACCUCUGGAACAGCCAUGCCUGUCAGUCCUGGGAAAACCAAAAGUCCCGAUAAAAAGAAAGUUUUGACCACUCAGAACACAUUUGACAGUGAAGAAGAAGAGCUGUACCAGUAUUACCAGGAGAAGGCCUUACACAAUGACUCUGAUGAGGAUGCUGAUUCCAAGGAAAUUAAACCUGUUAAAGGCAUUGUUGUGCAGUACAAACCAAUCCGCACCUCUUGGAGCCAACUCACUGUGGUCAAGAAAAGUGGCCUGAGUGACAGACUGAGCCAGGAGGAACGCAAAAGACAAGAGGCCAUCUUUGAGGUGAUCUCUUCAGAGCACUCGUACCUCCACAGUCUGGAGAUCCUGAUCCGCAUGUUCAAGAACUCCGUGGAGCUCAGCGAGGCCAUGACCAAGACUGAACACCACCAUCUUUUCUCCAACAUCACAGAUGUGUGCGAGGCCAGCAAAAAAUUCUUUACAGAGCUGGAGGCAAAGCACCAAGAGAACAUAGUGAUUGAUGACAUCAGUGACAUCGUUUACAAGCAUUCUCAGUCCAAUUUUGACCCAUAUGUCAUGUACUGCUCCAAUGAGGUGUACCAGCAGAGGACCCUGCAGAGGCUACUAUCCAGGAGUCCACUUUUUAAGGACGUGUUGACCAGAAUCGAGGCCCACCCAGACUGCAGGAACCUCCCCAUGAGCUCCUUCCUCAUUCUGCCCAUGCAGAGGAUCACUCGCUUGCCACUGCUAAUGGACACAAUUUGUCAAAAGACACCUAAAGACUCUGCAAAAUAUGAAGACUGUACAAAAGCAUUACAAGCCGUAAGCAAGGUUGUGAGGAAGUGUAAUGAAGGUGCUCGCACUAUGGAGAGAACAGAGAUGAUGUACACCAUCAACUCUCAGCUGGAGUUCAAGAUCAAGCCUUUCCCUCUCGUCUCCUCAUCUAGGUGGAUGGUGAAGCGAGGAGAGCUGACGGCCUUCGUGGAAGACACCGGGAUCUUCCUCAAGCGGAUGUCAAGGCAACAAGUCUAUUUCUUCCUCUUCAAUGAUGUCCUGAUCGUCACCAGGAAGAAGAGUGAGGACAGCUACUCUGUCAUAGACUACACGCUGAGAGAUGAGAUCUGGGUUGGUCCCUGCCAGCCUGAGGACAUCAACCUGUUUCCUGUCAGAGGCACCACCAGCAUGCUUAGCUCACGGCAGCCUGGUGCCAGCCACAUCUUUCGUCUGCAAUUCUGUAGCAAACACUCCGGUGAAAAGGUGCCAAUGAUCCUGGGGGCGGAGUUACUGAAUGAGCGCGCUCGGUGGAUCAGUGCUCUGGGACAGAAUGUCAACAACAAGAAGAGUCCAGACAGAACAAAUGCAGUGCAGGUGGAGGUGAUCAGGACGUACACGGCCAAGCAGCCAGAUGAGUUGUCCUUACAGGUGGCCGAUGUGGUGCUGCUCACACAGACUGUAGAAGACGGGUGGUACGAGGGGGAACGACUGCGUGAUGGAGAGAGGGGAUGGUUCCUCGCGGAGUGCGCUGAACCAAUCACUUGCCAGGCCACCAUCGAACGCAACAUGCAGAGGAUGGACCGCCUGCAAAGGCUGGAGACCAACGUAUGAGCACAAGUGGCUCCACUCGAGCUGCAGAAAGCUCUCUCAGCUCCAUGCAACACUCCAGUGACCUCACCUUUAUACAUCAGUGACUCCAGAUAAAUGACUUCCCUGAUGCGUCCCCGGGGACCAGACUGAGUGGCUGCAGUGAUCACAUUUUCCAGCAGGCUGUAUAGAUCUAGAUGUAAUUUGGACAUCUGUCCAGAAAUAUCAGGCACAGUGCAAGUUUCCAGGGACAGCUGUAAAGACAAAAUUGUAAGCGAUGGGCCACUUGAAUUAUUGAUGGGUGCUCGUGUGGGAGGGAUGGCUGACAGUGCGAUCUGUCACAUUCAUUAAUGCGCCGGUUGUUACAGAACUUCACACCCUCAGCCACAGUCACUGCUUUCAACACCCUCUUACAUAACAAGCAGUGGUGUGAAAUUUGUGUAUCUGGAUGCUUUUGUAACAUAUUUCUGUACAAAAGUGAUGUGCAACGGGUUCAUGGGACUCCAAUAAGCACUACAGAAUGUAAGCAGACCAAAUAGUGUGAAGUGUCAGCAGCCUGUUUUUCUGAUUUGUUAAUGAGCUGAGUUUGGGAUAUUUUCCAAGAACAAUAUAAUCAUAAAGGCGAUAAUUUUGAAGUGAUAAUGAGCCAAAACGGCAGCACAGUGAAGGAAACAAUGCACUAUUUACACCAUAAAAAGAAUUUUUCCUUGUCUAAAGGCACUUUCUCUAAGUAGAAUAAUAAAAGGAUUGAUCAGAUUAUGCUUCAGAUCACUGGAUUAUAGCUCACCAAUGGGUUAAGAAGAAUAUAACAUAACUAUCGUCUCAAGUUAAUGCCACCUUCAUGAAUCAGACCUGAUAUUCCAGUCUGCAGUGCAGUUACUCUCUGCAUCCAGUCAGUGAUUUAGACAGCCUGAAAUGCCACAUGCUUUGAUGCCAACCGUUCCCAAUAGAAUUUAUAACUGAUGUAAGAGGCAAGCUGAAAUUAAUUUGUUUGUUGAUGGUAAAAGCGGAAGACGCAUGCAGGCCCAACCAAGCCUACUUUUAAUGUGAUUGUCCAAGUGAGUCAUCUUUGGCGCGUCGCCAUGGUCAGCUAAAGGAAAUGAAUGGCUGUGUCUGAGAGUGGCGAUAAUGCCAUCAAUCAAACCCGACACCCUGGCACCGGUCCAGAUGACAACCGGAAAAGUCGAGCUGCACAGAGAGAGAUAUGACUGUAGCGGACAUGGCACCCUGCAUGGCAGACAAUUUUAUCCAAACUCUGGGGACACAGCGAAGCUUUGCAUCUGCACUCAGGGAAGACCGGUUCUAAGACACAACCGACCACAGAUCUUUAUUUCCCUCAUUUCCACUACUUGCAACGACUGUAAAUAACAUGUACAUAUGUAAACAGCUUCAACUGUAAUGUUUGUUAUUCUAAAUACAGAUUUAUAUUGCAGCAAUGUGCUGACUGUGGUUUUAAUCAGCUGCUGUGCUCCUUCAAUAAAAGCUUUGGGCCAGUUGUGUAUCCCAAAUGA